AUGCAGAAGUCCUCGCGACACGCGUCAUGUUGCAUGGCCAGACGGCCUGCAGCUUCAGGUGCAUCAGAGAGAAGAAUCGUUGAUCAUCGUGGAAGGCGGAGAAAGCUGCUAGAUGUGGAGGCGUCUGCUGUCCUGGAGUUGGAGGGAAUCAAACGGCGCAGGAAAAGGCCGCGUUCCCACUCCACAAGGUCACGUGCAAACUCCCUAUAUAAGUUUCAGAUCAACCAGAAAAUCAUCAGUUGUUUCCGAGAUUCCAGGAUGAGCCGCAAGUCCCACGCCACCGCCCAAAGCUCCUUCAGGUGCCACGUGUGCGGCAAAGUGUUCGGCCAAAAGGGCCAUCUGCUGAUUCACAACAAUGUUCACGCGGAGGUGAGGCCCUUCGGAUGCGACACCUGCGGCAGGCGAUUCACUCAGAAGGGGAACCUCCUUCGGCACUCGCUGUUGCACACCAACGAAAAGCCCUUCGGAUGCGGCAUCUGCAGGAAGUUCUUCGUGCAAAAGGCUCAUUUGGUAAAGCACGUCGUGGUGCACAGGCAGAGGCUGGUUGCCCUUAGAAGGUGUCGGCGGAGGGAGGCGUCCGAGCGAGGGCCUUCCGCUGAGGCCAAGGAGACCUCCCUCAGGUGCAAGGUCUGCGGAUUGCAGUUCAGGCGGAUCUCCAAGCUGAUGGAACACCUGAAGGUCCAGCAUAUUCUCGGAAGGAAAGGGAAAUAG